GAGAAUCAAAAUUUCUCCAAUUCUAAAAACUACGCCAUCAUGUAUUGUACAAAAGCCCGCGCCAACCUGAUGCUAAAUACUCUCUUCUUCUUCGUGUUAUUUGUGGACAAUCUGAAACCACUCGUUUUAAUUCAUUGAGGCAACCGCCGAUACGUUUUGUGGAACAUUGGUGGGGAAUUUUCUAUUAUGGGUGUUGUAGAAAAUGCUGUAGAGAACAAAGAAGGUCGUCUACCAGUAGAAGUAAAGGAGACUCUAAAAUCACUGGCAUCUAAGUGGGAAGAUGUACUUGAUGCAAAUGCCUUGCAAGUUAUCCCUCUUAAGGGUGCAAUGACCAAUGAGGUCUUUCAAAUAAAGUGGCCAACGAAAACAGAGAAAGUCUCUCGCAAGGUUCUACUUAGGCUCUAUGGUGAGGGUGUGGAGGUUUUCUUUGACAGGAAUGAUGAGAUUAGGACAUUUGAGUUUAUGUCAAAGCAUGGGCAGGGACCUCGGUUGUUGGCUUGGUUCCCAUAUGGCCGAGUUGAAGAUUUUAUCAAUGCACGGACACUCUCUGCGUCUGAUCUGCGUGACCUAGAAAUAUCUGCCCUUGUAGCAGCAAAAUUGAAAGAGUUUAAUGAGCUUGACAUGCCUGGUCCAAAGAAUGUCAGGCUUUGGGAUAGGUCACGAAAUUGGCUCCAAGCGGCUAAGAGUUUGUCCUCUCCAGAAGAAGCUAAGGCAUUUCACUUGGAUGCCAUUGAUGAGGAAAUCUCUAAAUUAGAAAAGGCACUCUAUCAGAACCAUCAACGUUUAGGUUUUUGCCACAAUGAUUUACAAUAUGGUAACAUAAUGUUUGACGAAGAGACUAAGACAAUAACCAUAAUCGACUAUGAGUAUGCAAGUUACAAUCCCAUUGCAUAUGACAUAGCAAACCACUUCUGCGAGAUGGCUGCUGAUUAUCAUACAGAAACUCCUCAUCUUAUGGACUACAGUAAAUACCCUGGUUUGGAGGAGCGUCAAAGAUUUCUGCGUGCUUAUCUGAGUUCCACAGGUAAUCAACCCAAUAAUUUGGAAGUGGAGCAGCUACUUCAAGAUGUUGAGAAGUAUACUCUUGCAAGCCAUUUGGUUUGGGGCUUAUGGGGAAUUAUAUCGGCACACGUGAACAAAAUUGACUUCGACUAUAUCGGAUAUGCAAGGCAGAGAUUAGACCAGUACUGGUUAAGGAAGCAUGCGUUGUUGGGUUCUUCUUCAGCCAACACAAAUGUUUGAAUGAUGGUAACUAUACUAUCUAGAAUCUGAAUUGCAUUCUACCUCCUGCUGAAUUGUGCAAAGAUAGUUUAUACAUGAACCUGGUAAAUUUCUUUCUUCUGCAGAUUUCAUGUGUAUAUUUUUAGAAUUUAUAUGAUAAAAGGAUUUUAUAGGUAAUAUAACAGAUCAUGGCUAUUUUUCCUUGAAGUAUUAAAAUAAGAUUACCGUCUCAGAGGGUUUACUGUUUCUUUGA